GUUACGGCUCAGGAAGGAAGGACACGAAGGAAGGGCAGCAUCCUUUACCGGGGUCAGGAUCAGGAGGAAGACGGCCACCCCCAGCACUCCCAGCAGGGCCGCCAAGCUCCAGCCCACCGCCCUGAGCAGGCGCGGCAGCAUCGAUGGUUGGAGGAGGAAUGGACUCCAAAGCCAAGGCUGUUGCAGGUCUCCUGGCAGCCGCCUGUGUCUGCAGCAUCAUUGCCCUCAUUCUGAGCGUCGUGAACGUGAAGGAUGUGUUUCUGCCCCCCAGCACCAAGUACGGGCUGGUGUUUGACGCCGGCUCCACACACACGUCCCUCUACACCUACCGCUGGCCUGCGGACAAGGAGAACGGCACCGGCAUCGUGUCCCAGGUGGAUGUUUGCACCGUGGAAGGACCAGGAUAGAGCAGGGAUGUGGGG